AUGAAUGCUCCGGACAGAUUUGAACUGUUUCUCCUACCGGAAGGGGAAGCGAAGCUCAAGAUAGAUCCGGACACGAAGGCGCCUAAUGCCGUGAUCGUGACAUUUGAAAAAGAGGAUCACACACUAGCUAACCUCAUUCGUGGUGAAUUAUUGGAGGACCAAAGGGUGCUAUUUGCAGCCUAUAAGGUGGAACAUCCACUUUUUGCUCAAUUCAAGAUGAGGAUACAGACCGUUGAGGGUUACGAUCCAAAAGAAGCUUUAAAAAAUGCCUGCAAUGGAAUCAUCUCCAAACUGGGUCAAUUACAAUCGAAUUUCGAGACUGAAUGGAAUCUACAGACAUUAGCCUCGGAGGACAAUUACGCAAUGUAG